UAAAUUGGCCAAUGAAAAUAAAAAAAAAAAGAAAUAACUUACAAUUUUCUAAAAGAAAAAUAGCUUUCAUAUAUGUAGAUCGGUGGACCUUUUGUUUAAAACGUAAAAAGUCUGAAAAUCAAUUUCUCAGUUCUUAGCUAUCUCGAUUUCUAUUCCAUCCUUCUUAGAUUUUCUCUGAUCAAAGCCGACGCAGCAGCUGCCGCCGCCGGGACCCUUACCAUGGGUUACGAGGAUGAUCCGUAUCGUGAUGAGGAUGGAGAGCCGUUGAUGGACUACGAUGAUAUACAAUCUGACGGUGGACAGUCGCCAGAACCUCACCAGGAUGAUCUCGUAGAGGAUGAUGUUGAUGGAUGGGGUGAGCAAGAGCGAGAGAGGUCACAAACUCCUGUAUAUGACAAUGAUAAAGUUGAAAAGCCUCGAAAGAGGUUGGUGAAGAAGAGCAAUUCUGGGAUGGGGGAAAAGGGUAGUUUUGUGGUGCCUGAGUUGGUCGAUGAGGAUGAAGAAGAGGGAUUUGGGAGGGAGUAUGCGAUGGAAGGGAAAAAGAGAAAGAAAUUGGGCAAGGAAGGGGCUGGGAGUAGUGGGAAGGAGAGAAAAAAGGUUAUAAAGGGAGAUAAGAAGUAUGGAAAUAGUGGAGGGAAGGGGGCAAGUCAUUCAAAAUCAGGAUUGCUGAAGAAGGGAAUGUAUUCAGAGAAGCUGGCCGGAAAGGAAGAUGGUGAGGUCAAGGAGAUGUGGGAUACUAUUGCUGGUGGUGAUUCUGAGGAUGAUCAAGAGGGUCCCAGGAAUAUAGAUGAUGACAACUUUAUAGAUGACAGCGGUUUAGAUCCUGCUGAUCGAUAUGGGAGUGACAAUGAACCACGCUCUCCUGGUGAUGCUCCUCAGGCUGAGGAGGGUGAGGAAGAUGAUGAAAUAAAACAGCUUUUCAAAAUGGGUAAGAAAAAGAAGAAAAAUGAGAAAAGUCCUGCAGAAAUUGCGCUGUUAGUUGAGAAUGUCAUGGCUGAGCUUGAGGUAACAGCUGAAGAGGAUGCAGAAUUAAAUAGACGGGGGAAGCCUGCCAUCAAUAAACUUAAGAAGUUACCACUUCUUACUGAGGUUCUCUCAAAGAAGCAGCUCCAGCAGGAAUUCAUAGAUCAUGGUGUACUAACUCUUCUAAAAAAUUGGCUUGAACCUCUUCCAGAUGGAAGUUUGCCCAAUAUAAAUAUCCGUGCUGCAAUUUUGAGGAUUUUGACUGAUUUUCCAAUUGAUCUGGAACAGUAUGAUAGAAGAGAGCAGUUGAAGAAAAGUGGUCUUGGAAAGGUAAUUAUGUUCUUAUCAAAAUCCGAUGAGGAAACCACAUCCAACAGAAAACUUGCUAAGGAUUUGGUUGAUAAAUGGAGUCGACCCAUAUUUAAUAAGAGUACAAGGUUUGAGGACAUGAGAAACAUUGAUGAUGACCGAGCCUUCCGAAGGCCGACCAUAAGGAGGCCAGUGAAUAAUUCUGCAGGGAUGGAAUCUAGGGAUGGUGAUCUGGAUUUGGAUAUUUCACGGGAACGAAGAUCUGGCCAAUCAUCUUCAAGGCAACAUGCUUCUAGGCCAGAAGCAACUCCAUUGGACUUUGUGGUGCGCCCUCAGUCUAAGAUUGACCCUGAAGAAAUUAGAGCCCGUGCUAAACAAGUAGUACAAGAUCAGCGGCGAUUAAAGAUGAAUAAGAAGUUGCAACAGCUGAAGGCACCAAAAAAGAAGCAAUUGCAAGCCACAAAACUCAGUGUGGAAGGUCGGGGCAUGCUCAAAUAUUUGUGAAUUCUGAUGCUAUAGCUCGUUGAUUGCCAGGUUAGAAGUGGGUAUUGUUGAAGCCCAAUUAUGCAUACUGCAUAAUGCAUGAUGCUGUUGAUCAUGGAUUGGUUGAUGUUUGAGCUUUAAUAGAAUCUCGUGUUAAUGGGUUUCGAGAACCAACUGGCAGGAGGAUGAUUCCAAGAUUGUUCUGUCGGGAGCACUCAGCAUUGGAUAAAUUUUACAUCUACCUGCUAUAUUCAUGUUAAUGCGCGAAAUGUGAAAUGCUAAAUUUAUCAUAUUUUUUAAGAAAUAAAAAUGUUUCUGCAAGGAACAAUUAUGGUCAGAUUGCUGAUGCUGCUGCAAGUUGAUUUAUGUAAUUAAAUCUGGAUAUUUUUUAUGUGAGAAUUACUUGCAAUUGUGAAAGAACAGAAUAAGUGUCUUA